AUGUCGGAAAGCGAUAAAGUUUACAUGAAAUUAUCGUUCAAUCAACGGCUUAGUUACAGUCAACGGCAGAAAGUCAAAGAAUUUUGGAGAUUUCUCGACUCCGAGACUCAUUUGAAGCCAUACACUGUAUCCGCAGAUAAAGAUCGCACGGAGAAGUUAGAUAACGGCAAACAUGCCCCAGAGUUACCGAAAACAAUGUGGCGGCAGCAACUCAGGCUUUUCCGGGAGCACGGAUUAGACAAAGCGGCGCUCACAGGAACCGAAGUCUGCAAACUUUGCAGCGUCGAGGCCACCGACAGGUGCUCGGAAUUCGCUGACACGGUGGAACAGCCAUACGAAGAACUGAUGAACGAUGUGAAAACUUUUGAAGAUAAACUAACUACUAUAAAGUAG